AUGAUCCUCUCCGUUGCGGGAUUGCUGGUCCUCUCUACGCUGGUUACAGGCCAUGGAGAUCAUGGACAGUCUCAACUUGCUGGUCCGCACCAAGGGCUCUGGUACAAUACCCUCCCAGGAGAUGGUGGUACUCAGGCCGACUCCGUAUUCUCUGGAAUCUCGACUUUCGGUCGCCUACCCUACUUUCCAUGUUUGUCCAGCGAUGCCGAGAGAUAUGAUAUCGCUUUCCUAGGCGCACCUUUCGACACCGGGACCUCCUACAGACCUGGUGCCCGGUUCGGUCCCAGCGGCAUCAGACAAGGUUCUCGCCGCCUCAAUCUCUAUGGUGGCUACAAUGUGCCAUUGCAAGCAAACCCAUUUACAAGCGACAUGCGGAUUUUGGAUUGUGGCGAUGUACCGGUUACCUCAUAUGACAAUGCCUGGGCAAUCCAGCAGAUUGAGGAGGGACACAACAGUAUCCUGAUGCGCAAGCCUUACACCGACGCGGAUAAACUGGGUCUUUCGCGCGCUGGCAAGACCCUUCCCCGUGUUAUUACCCUUGGUGGUGACCAUACCAUCACACUGCCUCUGCUGCGGAGUAUUAACAGGGCCUAUGGGCCAGUGACGGUCAUUCAUUUCGACAGUCAUCUGGACUCGUGGAAGCCGAAGGUCUUUGGUGGCUCACCUAGUAAGGUUGCUGCUAUUAACCACGGGACAUAUUUCUAUCACGCGGCUAUGGAGGGGUUGUUGAAGAAUGAUACGAAUAUCCAUGCUGGAAUUCGGACGACGUUGUCAGGGCCCUCGGAUUAUGAUAAUGAUGGGUAUUGCGGGUUUGAGAUUGUUGAGGCGAGGGAGAUCGAUGUUAUUGGGACGGAUGGUAUUAUCAAGAAGAUUCGCGACCGUGUUGGAACUGAUAAUCCUGUUUAUCUUUCCAUUGAUAUCGAUACUUUGGAUCCUGCUUUUGCACCGGCUACUGGCACGCCAGAAACUGGCGGUUGGUCCACGCGCGAGCUGCGGACAAUUAUCCGUGGCCUUGAUGGGUUGAACUUUAUUGGUGCGGAUAUCGUUGAGGUCGCUCCGGCUUAUGAUACUAAUGCGGAGUUGUCGACGAUGGCCGCUGCCGAUGUGCUGUACGAAGUGCUUACUAUCAUGGUCAAGAAGGGCCCGUUGUCUGUCGGUGAGUCGACUCAUGAGCUGUAA